UCUUAACGUCCUGCUCGCGCAAUUAUGUGUCUAGCCUAACACGCACGUAACGUGCCGUUCUUGCCGAUCAUUGCCGUUUAAACGUUUGAGAAAACGGAUUUUGUGAUACUUUCUAUACUUGCAGUUCGUAGUUCGCAACAGACAAGAGAUCACGAUUUCGUUGCCGAGGGCCAGCCCGCCCUCCUUCUGGCAGAAAAAAGCUUGAAGAAUGAGUAGGACAAGGGAACAAGCAGGCCCGUCUAAAUCGUCGGGAUCUGCGGGCUCCGCGGAGGAGAAAGAAAAGGAUGACAGGAUGUUUGAGUGUAAUAUCUGUUUAGACACUGCAAAAGAUGCGGUAGUCAGUAUGUGCGGUCACCUCUUUUGUUGGCCAUGUCUGCAUCAGUGGUUGGAAACCAGACCUGCCAGGCAGGUCUGUCCAGUAUGCAAAGCUGCCAUAAGCAAAGACAAAGUCAUUCCAUUAUACGGACGUGGUGCCACAAAGCAUGAGGAUCCAAGGAACAAUGUACCACCACGUCCAGCCGGUCAAAGAUCAGAGCCGGAGACCAAUGUCGGCUUCUCCGGCUUCGGUUUCGGCGAUGGUUCCUACAUGUCCUUUGGCAUCGGCACUUUUCCGUUUGCUUUUUUCACGUCAACUUUUAACUUCGGAGAAGCACGACCAAGUGCAGCUCCCAGAGGCACACCGCAAUAUGAAGAAGAACAGUUUUUAUCUAAAGUAUUUUUAUGGUUAGCGGUAAUAUUCAUCUGUUGGCUGUUGAUGGCGUAACAUUGCUCCUAAAUUUGAAGAUACCAAUCUGCUUGAUAACUUGUAAUACUUUGUCUUAUUUAUGAUAUCGUUUUCCAUAAUAAUCAUAAUAUUACAUUGGUUUCUGUCUGCAAACACUUUCUGAAAAAGAAAAACGAAUUUAUGUAUAUCUCAAAAAACCAUCCAAUUAAAAUUUGUUUCCACUUUCUCUCUAGAAAAAUUGAAAAAAAUAUGAUGUGCAAUUUGUUCAUGCAAAUUUCACACAAUUUCGUCGGCAUUUGCGUGCUUCAAAGUACGAAAUGAUUUCUUUCCAAUUUGAACAGCUCUGUUAUUUUAUAGUCACUUUCUUUAUUCUAUUUGUGUAUGUAUGUAUUAUAUAAAUAUAUUAUUUCGUUAUAAGAGAGAGAGAGAGAGAGAGAGAGAGAGAGGGUAUACGUAAGUCGCUAUCUAACAUAUUUAAUGCAUAACAAUGUAUAACUUAAGCGAGAAUAUAGAGGAAAUAUUAAUGUACAUCGUUACGAUAAAUGACGCGGUUUUAUAUGGAACUGCAGGGGUUUGAACAGUGUGUAUAUAUACAUAUAAUCUAGAGUAAGAUACGCGUUCGAAUGAUGAUAUAUAUUGUAAUAUAACACAAUAUAAAAACUGGAUUCUCGCAAGACUA